AUGGUGGUAGAGGAGGACACAAAGCUCCGUGUCCGCGACAUGGAGACACCGGGGAGGAUAGUCCUCACACCGGACGCCCUGGACUUCACCGUGGAAAACGUAGAGAAGGCACUCCAUCAACUUUACUAUGACCCAAACAUAGACAAUAAAAACUUGGCACAGAAAUGGCUGAUGCAGGCCCAGGUCUCACCUCAGGCGUGGCAGUUUUGCUGGGUUCUUCUCGGCCCGGACAAGGUGCCAGAAAUCCAGUACUUUGGUGCCAGUGCCCUCCACACCAAAAUCUCCCGGUACUGGUCAGACAUUCCCACAGACCAGUAUGAGUCUUUGAAGAGUCAGUUGUUUUCACAAAUCGCCUGCUUCUCCAGCGGCUCCAAGAUGGUGCUGACCCGGCUCUGUGUUGCCCUGGCCUCUCUGGCCCUGAACACAAUGCCUGAAGCCUGGCCUAGUGCCGUGUCGGAGAUGGUGCGGGUGUUUCAGGAGGAGAAUGGUGGUGUGGACGGGCGAGCGCGGUGCCUCGCUCUGCUUGAGCUGCUCACGGUGCUUCCUGAAGAGUUUCAAACCAGCCGGCUACCGCAGUACCGUAAGGGACAGGUUCGGUGUGCCUUGGGCAAUGAGUGGGGGUCAGUGAGUCCUCUGCUUCAGCAGCUGCUGCGAAGGUCGGAUAGUCCUGGGGCAGUGAAGGCCCGCGUGCUGCGCUGCCUGUCGUCCUGGGUGCUGCUGGAUGUGCCUAUAAACGAGAGCGAGAGCCUGGUGCACGACUGCUUCAGCGCCUUGUCUGACCUGGAGCUAUUCGACACAGCUGUAGAGGCAAUAGUCAAUGCCAUCUCACAGCCUGACUCCCAAAGAUACACAAACACUUUACUGAAAAUGGUUCCCCAAGUGCUCGCCCUUCAGGACCAGCUCCGAGAAGCAGUACAAACUGGAGACAUGGAGACGUGUCAUGGUAUUUGCAGGAUCGCUGUCACAUUUGGAGAAAACCACUCCAGAACUCUUCUGGAGCAGGUGGACCAUUGGCAGAGCUGUCUGGCUUUAGUCAAUAUGAUCAUGUUUUGUACUGGAAUCCCAGGCCACUAUCCAGUUAAUGAAACCACCAGUUCGCUAACAUUAACAUUUUGGUACACAUUACAAGAUGAAAUCAUGUCUUUCGAGUCAGACAAGCAGACAGUGUAUCUGCAGGUCUACAGGCCGGUCUAUUUUCAGCUGGUGGAUGUGCUGCUUCAUAAAGCACAGUUCCCCUCAGACGAGGAGUACGACUCGUGGUCCUCAGAUGAAAAGGAGCAGUUCAGAAUCUACCGGGUGGACAUCUCUGACACACUCAUGUAUGUGUACGAGAUGCUUGGUGCUGAGCUGUUGAGUAAUCUCUAUGACAAACUAGGAAGGCUGUUGACAAACACUGAACAACCCACAUCAUGGCAGCACACAGAGGCUUUGCUCUAUGGCUUCCAGUCUAUAGCAGAGACAAUAGAUGUGAAUUACUCCGAUGUCAUUCCUGGGCUAAUAGGACUAAUACCCAGAAUAAACAUCAACAAUGUGCAGCUUGCAGACACAGUUAUGUUCACUAUUGGUGCUCUGGCAGAGUGGUUGGCAGACCAUCCAGUGAUGCUCAGCAGUGUGCUGCCUUUAGUGCUCCAGGCUUUGGGAAACCCAGACCUUUCUGUAUCUUCAGUUUCUACUCUUAAAAAAAUCUGUAGAGAAUGCAAAUAUGACCUGCCACCCUACGCAACUAAUAUAGUGGCUGUUUCUCAGGAGGUGCUUAUAAAACAAAUACACAAGACAAGUCAGUGUAUGUGGCUGAUGCAGGCUCUUGGCUUCCUGUUAUCAGCUCUCCCAGUGGAGGAGAUCUUGAGGAACCUUCACUCCCUCAUCACCCCCUACAUUCAGCAACUCGAGAAACUGGCGGAGGAAACGCCAAAUCCGUCAAAUAAACUUGCCAUUAUCCACAUCUUGGGUUUGUUGUCAAAUCUGUUUACGACGCUGGACAUCAGUAAACAGGACGAUGACUCAGUGGACAGCUCUGCGCCUCCUGUCAAGUCCACACCACAACCACCUGGUCCCAACCCGGUUGUAGUUGUUUUGCAACAGGUUUUUGCUCUUAUACAGAAAGUACUCAGCAAGUGGCUCAAUGACUCGCAGGUAGUAGAGGCGGUGUGUGCGAUCUUUGAAAAGUCAGUAAAGACUCUGCUGCACGACUUUGCCCCGAUGGUUCCUCAGCUCAGUGAGAUGCUCGGACAGAUGUACAGCACCGUCCCUCAAGCAUCAUCCUUAGAUCUCACUCGACAGAUGGUACACAUUUUUGCCAGUGAGACGAACCACUUCCCGCCCAUCAAGGCUCUGUUUGAGCAUGUUACCUCUGUAACAUUGUCCAUCUUCCAGCAAGGACCCAGGGAUCAUCCUGAUAUUGUUGAUUCAUUUAUGCAACUCCAAGCUCAGGCUCUCAAGCGAAAAUCCGAUUUAUACUUGUCUGAAAGUCUGGAUAUAAAGGCGGUGUUCCACUGUGGAGUCCUGUCGCUGAAGUUCCCAGAGGCUCCAACUGUCAAGUCGACUUGCUUCUUCUUUACUGAACUAUUACCCCACUGCUAUGAUAUUCCCCCAGUGGCUAGGGUUGUUGAGCAAGAGGGUAAACUUUUACUCCAGGCAGUGUUAGAGGCCGUUGGGGGCGCAGCAUCUCGUAGCCUUAUGGACCAGUUUGCAGAAGUGCUCUUUGCCCUGAACAAGCACUGCUUUGCACUCCUCAACAUCUGGCUGAAGGAAGCGCUGCAGCCGCCUGGCUUUCCCUCUUCACGGGUCACAACUGAACAGAAGGAACGCUUCUGUCAGCAGAUACUCAGAGAACGUGUAAACAAAAGGAAGGUGAAGGAGAUGGUCAAGGAGUUUACUCUACUGUGCAGAGGGCUUCAUGGGACAGAGUACGCUGCAGAAUACUGA